GAGUCUGCGCUUCCUCCAACCUGGCGCAAGGUGUAUUCCGGCGAGAGCUUCAAACCUUCCUCGCUGCUACCUCCUCUUAAGUGGCUGCCACGUUAUGUUCGCGCCUUGGCGGGGAAUCCUACGCAGUCCGACCAGGAAGCCGUGGGCGAGCUGCCCUACUCGCUGAAGGGUGACCUCAUCGCUGGGCUCACGGUAGGCUUGAUGCUGGUCCCACAGUGCUUGGCAUUUGCAUUGCUGGCCGGUCUACCAGUCCGGGCUGGUCUCUACUCGUCCUUUGCUCCUUUGGUGCUCUAUGCGAUGUUAGGCACACUGCGCCAGCUGCAGGUCGGACCCACAGCCCUCAUCAGCUUGCUUACCGGUCAAGCACUGGAUUCGGUCGGCUUGCUUGGUCAGGGAGGAGCCGACGCAGAAGCAGCACGUAUGGCAGGAGCCGCUCAGCUAGCAAUGCUGGUGGGCUUGAUCAGCCUGCUCCUUGGAAUUCUACGUUUCGGUUUCGUGGUGGACUUCAUGUCCCACUCGGUAAUGAGCGCUUUCUGCACUGCCUCGGGCGUCAUUAUCGCGACUUCGCAGCUGAAGCAUGUCCUUGGGAUCUCCAUGAAGCGCCACAAGUACUGGUGGGAAACCGCAAGCGACCUGGUGAUCAAACUCCCUGAGUCGGAUGGGGCCACGAUCGCUCUUGGGUUCACCUUGCUGUUCUUUCUUACUUUCAUGAAGGCCUGGAAGCAAGCUGGCAAUGCAGAGAAGCGCGGCAAGCAUUGUGUCUGGCGGUUCUUUCCGAAGCGAAAGGAGUCCGUUCCCUUCAAGAUCAUGAAGCUGUGCGCAGAUCUGUCGUCGGUGCUUUGUGUGGUGAUCGGUUGGGUUUGGGGUCGCAUCUACGUUGCGGCCGGUGUCACGUCCGUCAGGCCAAUCGGCGACUCUGAAAGCGAAGGCUUCAUCUUUGUGCUUCCCACCUUCGACCAGUCCACAGUGGAUAUGAUCGUGCCAGCCGCAAUGAUUGCUAUCGUGGGAUUCUUAGAGACGAUCGCCGUCGGAGGCAAGAUGGCCAAUGAGAAGCGGUACAGCUACGAUGCGAACCAGGAGUUACUGGCACUGGGGGCCGCCAACAUUGGCGGAGCUUUCAUGGCGGCGUUCCCGAUUACUGGCGGCUUUUCCCGGACCGCUGUGAACGCAAUGUUUGGCGCGACCUCCCAGUUUGCAGGGGCCCUGACGUCGGUGAUCGUUGUGCUGGCGGUCUACCUCAUCAUGCCGGUAGUGGAGGUGUUGCCCCUGUCGGCCUUGGCACCUCUUAUCAUCCAUGGUGCCAUUGGCGUUACCGACUUCAAGACCUUCAUCUCUACCUUCAAGGCCAACAAGCUGGACUUUGCAAUCAUGUUUCUCACCUUCGCCGUCUCCCUGGGCAUCACCGUGAAGGAGGGUCUAGCAACGGGUGUGUGCUUGCGGCUGGGCUCUUCUUAG